UGUUGAAGUUUUUCUUUCUCACCUUCUCUGUGGGCUUAAGUUUGCACUUUAGAUUCUUCCUGGAUCUUUCCUCCUUCCUGUCUUCCUCACUGUGCUGUAUUCCAGUGUCUGCACGGUGAUGCUCAGAGAGGUUGUUUUCCCUGCUGCUUACUGCUCUGCCAUCUUCCUGGAAGUCCUAGAAUGUACUUGAAAAAGUUUCUCAAAAUACUCUUCUUGAUUGUGAAAUUACCCUGAUGUUUUUCUUUCCAGUGUAGGAGAAUGCAGGUUUUUCUCUUUAAGUUUAUCAAAUAUACAUGCAUACAUAGUUUUUUAAAAAAGAAGAGAAUAAAGCACUAUUUACAUUUCUCUGCUUGCUUCUUUCAUUUAACAGGAUGUUAGGAACAUUACACCAGAUCAAACAGGCCAACUCCUUUUCCGUGUGCUGUGCCAUUUCUUUAUUGAGGGACCUCUCAAUUUUUUGCUUUCAGGCCUUGUGACCUCUGCAGGAGAAUAGCUUUUGAGUUUUAAAUAUUAACAGUUGUACAUUUACAGUUAAUAUUUUUAAACUAAUUUUUUGAAUAAUCACAUGGUUCAGACAUUAAAAUAAAAACAAUUUAUACAGCAAGACAUUUUUCUCCUCUCCUUUCUGCCUAUUUCCUGUUGCCCCACACAUCAUAUUAUUAGUUUCUUAGGUGUUCUCUUAGUCAUUUUAAUACACAGGCAAAUAUGAGUACAUAUCUUCUCUUUUGCUUCUUGCACAAACAAUAGCAUACUGUGUGCUCUGUUAUAUGCCUUGACAUUUUUAAUGAUUUGUUUUAGGACAAGUUUUUUUUUUGCAAUUUUCUACCUACCUUCCUAUUUUUCUUUAUUCAAACUAUCAAAUUUCUCAAGUGUGAGACUUUACAGUUGUCAACUGUUCAUCCUCCCAUAGCCAUUCACAGAAUGAAGAUUUCUGAAAUUGCUUUCGUAAAGUGCUAGCCUAGUGCAAUAGUGCAUGCCUGUAAUCUCAGCUAUUCAGCAGGCUGAAGCAGGAGGAUUACAAAUUGGAGUCCAGCUUGGAUAAUUUAGGGAGACCUUGUCUGAAAAAAAGGCUGAGGAAGUAUUGGGGUUCCACUCUCCAGUACCACACACAGAAAGAAAGAAAGAAGAAAAAGAGAGAGAGAGAGGAAGGGAAGGGAGAGGAGAGGAAGAAGAAAGGAAGAAACCAAAAGAAAGAAAGGAAGGAAAGUCCGUUCCUGGGGGCCGUGCCUUUCAUAAAAUCAGUGAUUCAUUCUUUGUUUUCCUUGAUAACUUUCUCUGUUUUUGUUCCUAAUCAUAUGCCUAGAGUUCUUGAAACUUGAAUACUUUGUUGUUUCUCGAAGUACAUUUUGUUAAAAGAGUUCUUGUAAAAGAUGUAAGAUACGCUAUAAAUAAGAUUUAUCAUGGCCUCUCAAAAGAACAAGAAUUUAUUUUCUGUGACUCCUACAAAGAAAGCUCAUACUUUGAGAGUUACCGUGGGAUAGAUGAAAGAAAGAUCAUAAUUUGAAAGUUCCAGAUUUGAGUCUUGACUCCACCUAUGACCUUAAAUUUUAAAUUGCUUUUCUGUGCUUUGGUUUUCUUCAUCUAUAAUAGGGAAUUAUUUUUACUUACCAUUUAAAAGGUACUUUUACUUAGCAAAAAAAAAAAAAAGUGCCUAGCAUAUUCAUUGCAACAUUUUAGUCAUCCAGAGCUUUAUCAUUUCUAGGUUCAUAGGACCAGCAGGUGGGAAUUACAGAGAAGUAGACUUUUGGCUAAUGAUAGAAUUUUAAAAAAUUAGAACUGUUGAACAGGUUGCAACUAACAAAGAUAAAUCUGUCUUUGCUUAUUAUUCAGGGAACUCACCUCUAGACCAAACUACCAAAAGAUUUGUGUUGGUUAUUGGAAGAUGAGGGCAAAAUUUGAAAUGUAGCUUGAAAAAUUGAGUAGAUUAUACUAUCAUAAUCUUAUCUGUUUAUUUUCUCUAAUCCAGAUAUUUUGUUCUCUUAUUUUGUGUAUUAAAAUUAACUUUGAAAUUCAGCUAAUCACAUACAGCAUAAUUCACAAAUUUUGAGUGUGUAGGUGUUUGAUUCGAUACAUGUAUAUACUUAUGUAACUAGACUCCAGUCAAAUUAGAGGGCAUCUCCAUCUUCUUUGAAAAUUCCCUCAGGGAUGGAUUCUUUUGUAAGUUAGCUCAAAUGCUUUAUAGAUGUGAUACAGGAUAUAAGUAAACAAAAACAAUCAAGUUUUAAUAAAAAGCAGAGUCCAGUUUUUUACAAAGCAAUAAUGCAGGUUCACAGAACUUACAGGUUUGAAGUUUUUUGCCACUAACCUUCAAAAGUAAAUGAUUAUUGGAGUAUCUUCAUGAGUACGUGUACUUGUCAGAUCUAUCAAUUCUUAUUCUUUCUGAUAUAUACAGUGCUAUAGUUAGAUGUCUUAAAUGAAACUUCACUAGCAUUUAAAUCCUGGAAGAAGUAGUACUUGGCAUAAGUGGAACAUUUAUUUAUUUACUUAUAUUUAUAUCCAUACUUAAAUAGAGAGAUACAUAGAGUCUGCCAAAAAACAUACAACAAAUACUUCGGGAAAAGAAAAACUUGUGUAAAUAUUUUAAGACUAAAUUUAUUGAGAUUUCUUGAUUAAUACAAGAUAUCUUUGGAUUCUACAAUUACAAGAGGUACUCAAAGUGGUGGCCAUUACCUUCGAGACAUUGAUUAAUGGUAACUGUUGUUUGGGUAAGCUUGGUCAUUGAGAUUGCUGCCCAUAUACUUUCAGUUUCUUUUCUGAGGGCCAGCAGUGAAGUGGAUUUCCUGUGUUAUACAACAUCCUCUAGGGUCCCCCAUACAACGGUAACACCAUUGGUUGAAAAAACAUGAUACUGUUUUUCUUUUCCUGAAGUAGUUACACAUUUUUUGGCAGAUUCUGUAUAUUAUCACCACCUCCCAAUUUAGUUUUCUUUAAAUAGGAAAUCAAAGAAAAUAUGGUUAGUAGAUGUAAUAAUGAUGAACAGAACUGUCAUCUUAUGCUUAGAAUAUCAGGUGUUAAGAUAUGAUAUUGAGAGGAGCUUGCACAUCUUUUAAGUACUAAGGAGGAUAUUUCCAUCUAGUAAAACACAUGGUAACCUCAACAGAAGCCUAUAAAAUAAAGCUUGGCAGAGGAGAAAAAAUUCCAGAUGGACAUCUUGAAGAGUACAGUUACAGUGAUAGAGAAGAGCAGAUCUGUAAUGCAUAGACUACAAAGAACAAAUACUGAAGGUUAUAUCUUGACAUGUAGGGUAGGCAGUUUUGGGUGCCACUGAGGACUGCUGAGAUGCUUUCAUGACUAGGCACUUAGAAAUUUUGUGCUAAGUAAGCAGUCUUUCUAUAAUUCUUAUAAAAAUACCAUGGAGUAGGCAUAUAUGGUCAUUUAUCCACAGUUUUAAUCUGAAGAAAAGAAAGGAGUCUUGAAUGUUAGAAUGAUUAGCUUUUGCUCCUGAUUUCCUCAUCUUGGGACUGGAGACAUGGCAGCAGUUAUAAGUCAGUUCGCUUUGUUUACUACUUAUACUCUGCCUCUCUCAUAUGCCAUAGCUUUCUUCAAUCCUUGAGUUUCCCAAGAUUGUAGUAUGAGUGAGCAUAUUUACUGUCUCCCUCACCCAGAAUGCAAAAGAGUGAAUCAUGGUACAGUGGGCAUGAAUUUGUGUUACUACACCAUUAACCCCACAAUAGAUCUACUCAUAACAAAAUUACAGUGAAAUAUAGUAAGUUACCCUACACUUCUUUUAACUGAUCUUAAUAGCCAUGUACUUAAAUUUACUAAACUAUUUACAUCUCCUCAAUUUUUACAUCAGAAAAGCCAACUUAAUUUUGUGUUCACUGUAGUUCAUCUGUAUAGCAUUCUUUCCAGUUUUUUAUGUACUAACUUGUUUGUUUCAUUUUGCCUUCUGUUUCAUCCCCACUGCCCUGUGCAUUGUGGCUUUAUGAUUUCCAGUUUCUCAAAUGUCCAGUUUGUCUCUGUUCCUCUUGCCCCAGUCUGCAUGGUAUUUAUAGCGCCCUCUCUGAAAAGCUUCCUUUGAGCACCAUUAAAUAUUUUUGUGGUUGUGAUCAUUGUUUCAAGUGUCCAGUGAAAUACGUUUUUUGCUUUUGUUGGUUUUAUGAAUGAAGUUUGAGGUUCUAGACUCAGGAUGAUUAGUAUUGGUGAGUUUCUUCUAUCUUACAUUAGGUUUCUUUACUUGGUAUAAACUGCUGGAGUUUUGAGGCAAAAGCCCCAGUUCUAAGGGUUCCUGUAGACCAGGCAUAUCCCCUUGUCCUGGAACACCAAGGAGAUGAAGUGAUGAGGGACAAGAAAGGAGCUUUAAUCGGCACGACUAUGCUGGGAAGCACAGAGAAGUUCAAGAUCUGUCUUUCAGGGACUGAUGAAAACUUGGAUUUAGUGCAAGAAGAAGAACAGUUGAUGGAAGAAAAGAAAAAGAAAAAAGACGACAAGAAAAAGAAGGAAGCUGCUCAAAAGAAGGCCACUGAACAAAAAAUCAAAGUGCCAGAACAGAUAAAGCCCAGUGUAAGCCAGCCUCAGCCUGCCAACUCUAAUAACGGCACUUCCACACCAACCAGCACUAAUAAUAAUGCCAAGCGAGCCACAGCCAGCAAUCAGCAGCAGCAGCCACCACAGCAGCAGCAGCCGCAGCAGCAGCCACCGCCGCCACCGCAGCAGCAGCAGCCGCAGCAGCAGCCACAGGCUUUGCCUCGGUAUCCUCGCGAAGUACCGCCACGAUUUCGCCAUCAGGAACAUAAACAGCUUCUAAAGAGGGGUCAGCAUUUUCCCGUCAUAGCAGCAAAGCUGGGAUCUGCUGUUAAGGUGUUAAACAGCCAGUCAGAAAGCAGUGCUGUAACAAACCAGCAGCCACAAAAUAACGGAGAGGUGCAGAACAGCAAAAACCAGUCAGAUAUAAUCCACAACACUUCAGGAUCCCAUUAUGAGAAUUCCCAGCAGGGACCUGUGUCUUCUACGAGUGACUCUAGCACAAACUGUAAGAAUGCUGUUGUAAACGACUUGUUGGAAAAAGAAGCAUGGCCCUCAGUCCCUGGCAGUGAUCCAGAGUUGGCUUCAGAAUGCAUGGAUACUGAUUCUGCCUCCAGUUCUGAAUCAGAAAGAAACAUCACUAUCAUGGCUUCAGGGAGCACAGGAGGUGAAAAAGAUAGCCUUCGGAGUAGCACUGGACUUGGUUCCCAAAACAAGUUUGUGGUUGGUAGCAGCAGCAAUAAUGUAGGCCAUGGAAGUAGUCCUGGGCCGUGGGGUUUUUCCCAUGGAGCCAUAAUAAGCACAUGUCAGGUCUCUGUGGAUGCUCCUGAAAGCAAAUCAGAAAGUAGCAACAAUAGAAUGAAUGCUUGGGGCACUGUAAGUUCUUCAUCAAAUGGAGGGUUAAAUCCAAGCACUUUGAAUUCAGCUAGCAACCAUGGUGCCUGGCCAGUAUUAGAGAACAAUGGACUUGCCCUAAAAGGGCCUGUAGGGAGUGGCAGUUCUGGCAUCAAUAUUCAGUGCAGUACCAUAGGCCAGAUGCCUAACAAUCAGAGUAUUAACUCUAAAGUGAGUAGUUCUUCUACCCAUGGUACCUGGGGAAGCCUUCAGGAAACUUGUGAAUCUGAAGUAAGUGGUACACAGAAGGUGUCAUUCAGUGGUCAACCUCAAAAUAUUACCACUGAAAUGUCUGGACCAAAUAACACUACUAACUUUAUGACCUCUAGUUUACCAAACUCCAGUUCAGUACAGAACAAUGAACUGCCUGGUAGUAAUACAGGGGCCUGGCGUGUGAGCACAAUGAAUCAUCCUCAGAUACAGGCUCCGUCAGUUAUGAAUGGCACUUCCCUUUCUCAUCUUAGCAAUGGAGAGUCAAAAAGUGGAGGCUCUUUUGGUACUACAUGGGGUGCCUAUGGUUCUAGUUACUCUGGAGACAAAUGUUCAGGCCCCAAUGGCCAAGCUAAUGGUGACACUGUGAAUGCAACUCUAAUGCAGCCUGGCAUAAAUGGGCCUAUGGGCACUAACUUUCAAGUAAACACGAAUAAAGGAGGAGGUGUAUGGGAGUCUGGGGCAGCAAAUUCCCAGAGUACAUCAUGGGGAAAUGGGAAUGGUGCGAAUUCUGGAGGAAGUCGGAGAGGAUGGGGAACCUCUGCACAAAACACUGGCACUAAUAUAUCCAGCGUUGAGUGGAACAAACUGCCUAGCAAUCAGCAUUCCAAUGAUAGUGCAAAUGGCAAUGGUAAGAAGUUUACAAAUGGAUGGAAAUCUACUGAGGAAGAGGAUCAGGGUUCUGCCACAUCUCAGACAAAUGAGCAAAACAGUGUGUGGGCCAAAACAGGAGGUACCAUGGAGAGCGAUGGUAGUACAGAAAGCACUGGACGCCUUGAAGAAAAAGGAACUGGGGAAAGUCAGAGUAGAGAUAGAAGAAAAAUUGAUCAGCACACAUUACUCCAAAGCAUUGUAAACAGAACUGACUUAGAUCCACGUGUCCUGUCCAACUCUGGUUGGGGACAGACUCCUAUUAAGCAGAAUACUGCCUGGGAUACUGAAACAUCACCUAGAGGGGAAAGAAAGACUGACAAUGGGACAGAGGCCUGGGGAAGCUCUGCAACACAGACUUUUAACUCAGGGGCAUGUGUAGAUAAGACUAGCCCUAAUAAUAAUGAUACCUCAUCUGUAUCGGGGUGGGGCGAUCCCAAACCUACUCUGAGGUGGGGAGAUUCCAAAGGCUCAAACUGCCAGGGGGGGUGGGAAGAUGAUUCUGCUGCUACAGGAAUGAUCAAGAGCAAUCAGUGGGGGAAUUGCAAAGAAGAGAAGUCCACAUGGAAUGAUUCGCAAAAGAACAAACAGGGAUGGGGUGAUGGGCAAAAAUCAAACCAAGGUUGGUCCGUUUCUGCCAGUGACAACUGGGGAGAAACAUCAAGGAGUAACCAUUGGGGUGAAACGAAUAAGAAAUCCAGCUCAGGAGGUAGUGACAGUGACAGGUCCGUUUCUGGUUGGAACGAACUUGGUAAAACUAGUUCAUUUACUUGGGGAAAUAACAUAAAUCCAAAUAAUUCAUCGGGAUGGGAUGAAUCUUCUAAACCUAAUCCUUCCCAGGGAUGGGGGGACCCUCCAAAGUCUAAUCAGUCUCUAGGUUGGGGAGAUUCGUCAAAGCCAGUCAGCUCUCCAGACUGGAACAAGCAACAAGACAUUGUUGGAUCUUGGGGAAUCCCACCAGCUACAGGUAAACCUCCUGGUACAGGCUGGUUGGGGGGACCUAUACCAGCCCCAACAAAAGAAGAAGAACCCACAGGCUGGGAGGAACCAUCCCCAGAGUCUAUUCGACGCAAAAUGGAGAUUGAUGAUGGAACUUCAGCUUGGGGAGAUCCAAGCAAAUACAACUACAAAAAUGUGAACAUGUGGAACAAAAAUGUCCCAAGUGGCAGCAGCCGUUCAGACCAGCAAGCACAGGUACAUCAGUUGCUGCCAUCUGCAAGUGCCAUCUCAAACAAAGAGGCAAGCAGUAGUUCUGGCUGGGGUGAGCCCUGGGGGGAGCCUUCUACUCCAGCCACAACUGUGGAUAAUGGUACUUCAGCAUGGGGUAAACCCAUAGACAGUGGUCCCAGCUGGGGGGAACCCAUUGCUGCGGCAUCCGGCACAUCCACGUGGGGCUCUAGCUCUGUUGGUCCACAAGUGUUAAGCAAAUCUGGGCCAAAAUCUAUGCAAGAUGGCUGGUGUGGUGAUGAUAUGCCAUUGCCUGGAAAUCGCCCCACUGGCUGGGAAGAGGAAGAGGAUGUAGAGAUUGGAAUGUGGAAUAGUAACUCAUCUCAAGAACUUAACUCAUCUUUAAAUUGGCCACCAUACACCAAGAAAAUGUCAUCGAAGGGUCUGAGUGGCAAAAAAAGGAGAAGGGAAAGGGGAAUGAUGAAAGGUGGCAACAAGCAAGAAGAAGCAUGGAUAAAUCCAUUUGUUAAACAGUUUUCAAAUAUCAGUUUUUCGAGAGACUCACCAGAAGAAAAUGUACAGAGCAAUAAGAUGGACCUUUCUGGAGGAAUGUUACAAGACAAACGAAUGGAGAUAGAUAAACAUAGCCUAAAUAUUGGUGAUUACAAUCGAACGGUCGGGAAAGGCCCGGGUUCUCGGCCUCAGAUUUCCAAAGAGUCUUCCAUGGAACGCAAUCCUUAUUUUGAUAAGAAUGGCAAUCCCAGUGUGUUUGGUGUUGGAAACACAGCAGCACAACCCCGGGGCAUGCAGCAGCCUCCAGCACAACCUCUCAGUUCAUCUCAGCCUAAUCUCCGUGCUCAAGUGCCUCCUCCAUUACUCUCCCCUCAGGUUCCAGUUUCAUUGCUGAAGUAUGCACCAAACAACGGUGGCCUGAAUCCGCUCUUUGGCCCUCAACAGGUAGCCAUGCUGAACCAGCUAUCCCAACUAAACCAGCUUUCCCAGAUCUCCCAGUUACAGCGAUUGUUAGUGCAGCAGCAAAGGGCGCAGAGUCAGAGAAGCGUGCCUUCUGGUAACCGGCAGCAGCAAGACCAGCAGGGUCGACCUCUUAGUGUGCAGCAGCAAAUGAUGCAACAAUCUCGUCAACUUGAUCCAAACCUGUUGGUGAAGCAACAGACUCCACCAUCUCAGCAGCAGUCACUCCAUCAGCCAGCCAUGAAGUCUUUCCUUGACAACGUCAUGCCCCACACUACACCAGAGCUGCAAAAAGGGCCAUCACCAAUAAAUGCUUUCAGCAACUUUCCUAUAGGCUUGAACUCAAACUUGAAUGUAAAUAUGGAAAUGAACAGUAUUAAAGAGCCACAGUCAAGACUAAGGAAGUGGACCACAGUGGACAGCAUCUCUGUGAACACAUCUUUGGAUCAGAACUCCAGCAAACAUGGUGCUAUUUCAAGUGGUUUUAGGCUGGAAGAAUCUCCAUUUGUUCCCUAUGACUUUGUGAACAGCAGUACUUCACCAGCCAGUCCUCCAGGCUCAAUAGGAGAUGGCUGGCCACGUGCCAAAUCGCCUAAUGGCUCUAGCAGUGUUAAUUGGCCACCAGAAUUUCGUCCUGGUGAACCAUGGAAAGGUUAUCCAAACAUUGACCCUGAAACUGACCCUUACGUCACUCCUGGCAGUGUCAUAAACAAUCUUUCAAUUAAUACUGUGCGGGAAGUUGACCACCUCAGGGACAGGAACAGUGGGUCAUCCUCAUCCUUGAACACCACGCUGCCUUCAACUAGUGCCUGGUCAUCCAUUCGUGCCUCCAACUACAGCGUUCCCCUCAGCAGUACAGCACAAAGCACUUCAGCCAGAAAUAGUGAUUCCAAAUUGACGUGGUCUCCUGGUUCAGUUACAAACACCUCUCUGGCUCAUGAGCUGUGGAAGGUCCCUUUGCCACCUAAAAACAUCACUGCUCCGUCCCGCCCACCUCCGGGACUGACUGGUCAGAAGCCACCUUUGUCUACAUGGGAUAAUUCUCCCCUUCGUGUAGGUGGAGGAUGGGGAAAUUCUGACGCCAGAUAUACCCCAGGUUCCAGCUGGGGUGAGAGCAGCUCAGGGAGAAUAACAAAUUGUCUUGUUCUGAAAAACCUUACACCUCAGAUUGAUGGCUCAACUCUGCGUACCCUGUGCAUGCAGCAUGGCCCGCUGAUAACAUUCCACCUGAACCUCCCACAUGGAAAUGCUCUGGUCCGUUACAGUUCAAAAGAAGAGGUAGUGAAGGCACAAAAGUCUCUGCACAUGUGUGUACUGGGGAACACUACUAUUCUUGCUGAGUUUGCCAGUGAAGAGGAGAUCAGUCGUUUCUUUGCACAAAGUCAGUCCCUGACCCCUUCUCCUGGCUGGCAGUCUCUCGGGUCCAGCCAGAGCCGGCUGGGCUCCCUUGACUGUUCCCAUUCGUUCUCCAGCCGGACCGAUCUCAAUCACUGGAAUGGUGCUGGGCUGUCGGGAACUAACUGUGGAGACCUUCACGGCACUUCCCUCUGGGGGACCCCACAUUAUUCCACAAGCCUGUGGGGUCCUCCAAGCAGCAGUGACCCCCGGGGAAUUAGCAGCCCAUCCCCCAUUAAUGCUUUUCUUUCUGUUGACCACCUGGGUGGGGGUGGAGAGUCCAUGUAAUGGUGUAGAUGUAGACUCACAAACUGUGACCUCAAGACGCGAAAGAAAGGAGCACUAAGUUGGGCUCGCCGCCUGCAGCCAGGGGCCACCUGUGGGAACAGCUCUUCUCUGCACAUUUUCCACUUUGUUUUCCCCAAAACAUAUCAGUUUGAAUACUUGAAUCAUGCAGGCCAAUAUUAUAAUGUGAAAAGGUAUCUAUUUACACUCCCAAACGGCGCCAUACAUGCUAAACCGUAGAGUGAGCUCACUUGUGUAUAUUCAUCAUGUUUAGCCUUUGGAUUCAUUCUUUCUUUCUUAUACCCCCUCUCCCUUUUCUUUUUCUUUCCUACUUUUCUUUCUUUCUUUCUUUUUUUUUUUUUGCAAAACCGAAUUUUGGGCUGAUAAUGUAUGAGCUUUUACCUUUGCACUGAAUGAUGUUCUCUCCGUCUAAUCGGCAAUAUGGGGGGGCAGCUGUUCCAGUGUAAAUGUUUACUCAAGGAUGUUCUUAAAGGUGUGCGCUCUCUACUAUGCCUUGAUGUUGCCUACCUUUAUUGUGGUAUCGUGGAGUUUAAAAGAUCAAGUGAUGAUACUGACUUAGGAUUAUUAAUGAAAGUAUUGCACCAGUUUUUUCAUGUUGUAAAACUAAAGAAUUUCGCUCUGCAGUUUGAAAAACUGUGGCCACAGCUGUGACUUGCAGCCCACCUGCCACCCAGGGCGGGCCCUGCACUUUGAAUAGGCUUUCCAUUUUGUUUUGAAGGUUCCCAUGUUGAACCUUCUUGUUUACAGAUUUUUUUGUUUGUUUUUUGAGAAAAAAAAUGUUUACUCUUCCAUCAUUUAAAAAAAAUUUAAAAGACAAAAAAAAUGGAGGAUGAUUUAAAAGAUGCUUUCUAUCUCUGGGAAAAAAGGAGCAGCAUUUGGCCAUGUUCUUUUGUUUUUCUAUUCCUGUCCUAAAUCAAAGAGCAUGGUUCUCAGGAAAACCAGUUCCCCAGUUUAAAAAAAAAAAAAAAAAAAAAAAAAAUCUCCUUGUAGUUUCUUAUAGGAAAAGAAGAAAACCCCCAACUUUUAGCACUGAUACUACAUAUUGCUCUGUUAAAGAAUUUUCUCUGCCACAAAAAAAAAAGAAAAAAGAAAAAAAAUGCUUAAAGCUGGAGUUUGACAUUCUGCUUUCAGAUGCUGUCUUUUUAUUAGUGAGUAAUGAUGGUUUGCUAAUAAUCAAUAGGUAAUGAUUUUUUGUAAUCCCAUCAAGUGGCUCUAUGUUUCUGCUCUCUUGUGACUGUGUUAAUGUUUAACUGUUGUACCUUAAAGCCGAAAUCAGUAACUAUGCAUACUGUAACCAAGGUAUUGGGCUUACAGAGUUGUUUGUUGUAUAAAGAAAAUUUUAAAUGUUGUUGCAAACUAACGAGUUACACCAUUUUUAAAUUUCUUUCCUCCCCCCUUUUGUUGCCCACAAAUGGUAUUAUAAUGCUUGCUUAGUCAAAGAAGAGAGACUAAACAAGGGUAAAACUUUUAACAGUACAGAAUUUGCCAUCAUUUCAUUGCCUUGAUUCUAACUGUUUGUGUCCUAAGAUGCAAAAGAAGUCAGUGGCUUUUAACUGUUUACAAAUAGAAUGUGAUUGUAAAAUGUACAGUUUGGUUGUGUUUGAAUUAUGAAAUUUUCUUCAGAUAUAAUAAACCAUGACUUUUUGGCUGCUCAACAUUAAUUGUCUCUUUUUUGUGAAUUUAUUUGUAGGCUCUUUUUAUAAUAAAAGUUUCUAAGUUGCUAUGUAUGAGGGUUCUCAUAGAGCAACUGAUUAAAAAUCUAAGCAAAUAUUUGAACAUUUUACCUGAACUCAUCCGCAAUUUCACCCUGAAAUAAUGUGAGAACAAUGGGAAACUGUAGCUUGCUCCUUCCUACCCUCUUUGAGCAUCUUUGGGAUCUUGUUGCUCAAAAACUCUGUGACUUCAUCUUCCCCACCAUUUGUGCCCAUCUCAAGCCUCAGCAAGAGACCGUUUGGACAUGAAGCUUAAUGACUUGACAGUGUACUAGUGUUAAACUCUCAUACCUCUGUUACACAAUGGGAAAUGCCACAGCCUGGACUGGCCUUUUCUUCCCCUCAUGCCUGCGCUCCUCCUGCAGGGGCUCGGGGGCAAAACCUGUGUAUGUAUUUCAGUGUAUGACUUCAAACCAUGCUCUGGCUUGCAAGGUGUAAGCUAAUGUUGUUGGACACCUUAAUAUAAACAGAUGUUGUUCAAUGCAUUCAGUGUAUAUUGACUUCCAUACUGGUUUUUCCAAAAACCAAAGGUAGCUUUGAAAAACCACGUCUGGAGAUGUUUGGACCUAACGUUAAGCUGAUGACCUUUGGGGCUUUGAGUAGUAUAUAAUGACUUCAUAACUGCGUUAAUUGUAUUGUUAAAGUGUUUGAGAGGUUUUUGCGCUUGUUAUGUGGAAAUAAAGUGUUUGAUUUUAAAAAAA